AUCCAUAAGUUCAUUUUGAACUAGCCGCUGAAUUAUCCAAAAGCUCUUUAAACUUUAAAGAGUGAUGUGCUUUCAUUCCAGCUCCCGCACACUCGUUGUAGCCGUCCGUCGCUCGCUGCUGCCAUCCAUAGUUGCUGCUUGUUCUUCCGACAGUAUCCAGAAAGUAGCCCAAAUGGUUCAUGAAACUCAUCCAUGGCUGUAAAGGUAUCGUCUUUAGCAUUUUCUAAGAGAUUGCCCUUCUGGGUUAUUUCAAGUGCAUACAUUUCGUCAAUUUCCUGCGCCAGUUCUGCUGAAAUUUUCCCUGAAACCAACCCGUCAAAUUCAUUUGAUUUCGAACACAAUAUUCAGUUUUUGAGGAAUAAACUUGUCCCGGAUAGCUUAAUCCGGGUUUUAGAUAGUACAAGUGAUUUGAGUUCAGCUGUGAAGAUAUUCAAAUGGGCUUCUCUCCAAAACCGGUUUCAUCACACUGCGGAUACAUAUUUUCAGAUUAUUCUUAAGCUGGGUUUGGCUGGGCAUAUUCAGGAAAUGGAAGGGUUCUGUCAAAAUAUGGUAAGAGAUAGAAUCCCAGGUACUGAAGAGGCCUUUUCUGCUUUGAUUGAUGCGUUUGUUAAACAUGGUAAGCUGAGUGAAGCAAAAGUGGCACUUGUCAAUAUGAAUUUAGGUUGCCAUAAUCCCUCAAUUGAGACAUUUAAUGCUUUAAUGGGUGCUUUAGUGAAUACCAAGAGAGAUUUUCAGGAUGUACUGUUUGUUUAUAAAGAGAUGGUGAAGGCAGGUGUCUCACCAACUAUUGAUACUUUGAAUUAUUUGUUAGAGGUGUUGGUUGAGACUGACCGCCUAGAAACUGCAUUAGAUCAGUUUAAGAGAAUAAACAAGAAAGGUUGUCUUCCAAAUGCAAGAUCCUUUGAGAUUCUUAUAAAGGGCCUUAUUGCCCAAAAUAGAGUGGAUGAAGCUGUUAAAACUUUGUACGAAAUGUUUGAAUCCGAGUGUCAUCCCGAUUUAAGAUUUUUUAGCUGUACAAUACCGUUGUUUUGUCAGGAAAAUAGACCAAAGGAGGGAAUCAAGUUGCUCAGCAUGAUGAAAGAUUCUAAUUUUGUACCGGAUUUGUCAACUUAUACAGUCUUGAUAAAGUGUUUAUGUGAAGAUCUUUUGUUGGAUGAGGUAAUCUCUCUUCUUGAAGAAGCAAUAGAAAUUGGGUCAGCACUGCCUAAUGAUUCACUUGUUGAUGUAAUCAACAUGUUUUGUGAAUUAGAGAAAGUAGACGAGGCUCUGAAAUUUUUAGAAGAUAAGCAUAUUCUUGAAACUUCUCCGUACAAUGCAUUACUUGAAGGUUGCUAUUGUACUGGUAAACUGUCUACAGCAAAAGAUGUUCUAUGGAAAAUGUCUGAGAGAGAUAUAGACGAUUCUAAUUCUUGGAACAUUCUUAUCAGAUGGGUGUGUGAGCAAGAAGGGAUCAGGAAAGCCUCUGAGCUUGUUGGUAGAAUGGUUUUAUCUUCUUUUACUCCUAACUGUGACACGUACUCAGCUCUAGUUAUUGGAAACUGCAAAUUGAGCAAGUAUAAAGAUGCUCUGGAAUUGUUUUAUAAGAUUAAAGCCAAAUGCUGGGUUUUAGAUACUGUAUCUUACGCUACUCUAGUUGAACGCCUUUGUAGCCUUGGAUGGAUUCAAGAGGCUGCUGAAGUUUUCUCUUACAUGUCUAAGAAGGGAUGCUCUCUUCAUUCAUCAUCAUUUAAUAUGUUGAUUAAGGGUGUUUGUGACACUGGACACCUAAGUGAAGCAUUAAGGCUACGCCAAUUGGCUUACUAUUCAGGUACUUCUUGUACAAGUUCAACUUACACGAUGAUUAUGCAUGGUUUGUUAACAGUAGACAAACCAAAAGAUGUCUCAGUAGUCUUCUCACAGAUGCUGGUGGAGGGAAUUAAUCUUGACUUGGAAGCGUACUGCAUCCUCAUUCAGAGCAUGAGUUUGCAGAAUCAAAUAAAAAAGGGUACAUUGCUUUUCAAUAUAAUGAUUAAUGAAGGUCUUGUACCUGAUUCAGAAAGACUUCUUCAUAUGCUGUCUUGGAUAGCCAACCAAUCUCAGCUGUCUACGAUUUUGUGUUCAAUCAAUAAACUUAUUUGCAGAGAAGAAAUGACUGCAUCAAUAUCCAAUGUUUUGAUUAAUGGACUGUGGAAAGAGGGUCAUAAACGAGAGGCCAAUAGGAUAUUGGAUUUGAUGUUGGAAAAGGGUUUGGUCCCUGAUGCUAAGACUCAUGGAUUGUUGGUUGGUACUAAUGGUAGAGAACAAGUAUAUAGCGAGGCGCAGAGCAAUGGUAAUUCUGCUACAGAAGAUACUGUUAGCAACAUACUGAUUGAGGGCUUAGAAAAUAUGUGAUACCCGCUGCUGAUUCUGCCAAAAAAAGAUUGUCUCCUAACCAGUCAGUGUGUGAGGAAGCUUGUCUUCAAGCUAUUUUCGUGGAGAUGGCAGGGGCGGCCGGUGGAUAUUAUGCAAUGUGUGGCAAAUAGGAGGUUGGGCUGCCUUGCUUUCUUGGUGAUGUUGAAGCUUCUUCAUUAAAGUCCGUCUGGUUUGAUGUCCUAACAUGUCAUUUUGUAUCUAAAAAAGAGCAGGUGUUAUUUAUUUUAUUUUUUUAGUUUUGCAAGAUGCAAAAUGUUUGUAUACUUCUGAUUCAACUUCAAAACUAGCUUUUCUCUAUACGGAUUUGAAGGGGGUAAAAUAAAAAAAGAGACGAUUCUGUAGAUACUAGAGUUAACGUACUAAAUACACUUUUCUUUCUUUCUUUUUA